AUGGACGAGAAGACAAAGGCAGAAUACGAGUCGCAGUCCCAGAAACUCCGCGCAGAACUCAAGAGCUGGGAGAGCUCUUGGGCCAAAUCCCAUGACGGGAAAAAGCCUGGAAGGGAUGACAUCAAGCGUAACGCUGACAUCGCGCAAAAAUACAAGCAGUAUAACAAAGUACGCGAUAUUUUGUCGGGAAAGGUCCCCCCUCCUACCAAAGAAGACCAGGAAACAAAAAGAAGAGACGACCCAGCGCCGACAGCGACGCCCUCGAAACGUCACAGACAUGUCGAAACCCCCUCAAAGAAAAGAUCGAAACUCGAAGAUGCAACUUUCGUUAGCACCCCCUCAAUGCCCAAGACUUUGUUUAGUCCAGUUGCCCCAAGAUCCAUAGGCCCGACGCCGCAGCGCGAUGGCAGGGUCCUGGGUCUUUUUGACCUGAUGGUCGAGCGCGAACUUGGUACACCAUCGAGGAAAAAUGGGUCGCUUAAUACAACCGCUGACUCAAGGCCAUUGACAACGCCGAGGAAACGUGCCGCACCCAUGGACGAGGAGAGCGAUGCCAAACUUGGACGAACUCCCAUGUCAACAAGCAAGAGACAGAUGCUGGACAGCUUCAUGACGCCACUGAAGAACAAAGAAGGAAAUGUUUUGGAUGCAAGGACACCGACUACAGUUUCAAAAUUACAGUUCAGCACGCCGUCUUUCCUCAAGAGACACACUCAGCCACCGCCGACCGAGAUCAACGACUUCGCUGCCCCGCCACUCCGCUUACCUAGGAAACCUAUGGUUCGUGGCCUCAGCGCCAUUGUAGCUAGUCUAAGGAAAGUUGAAGAAGAACAGCUUGACGACGACCUCGAAGCUCUUCGAGAAGCAGAGGGUGCAGAGGCACAGCCAAAGGCAUCUUCGAAGCCGACAGAAGAUUUACUUGCGGCUGAUAGCCAAAUACACUUGCCUCUAGGUGGCUUCGACGAUGAGGCAAUGUACGAUAGCCCGGACGAGGAACAGUUAGAUCGGGAUGGAAAGCCGUUGAGAAUAUUCAAAAAGAAGGGGCAGAAGCGUACAACAAAACGAUCCAAUAUGAAACCCACCCAGGUCAAAAGACCGUUAGCUACAGUCGAGAACGCGGUACAAGACAACGAUGACAACGAGACUGUGCCGGAAACACAGGCCAAUGGUAUGGCGGAUGACCUGCCUGAUGAACUGGCAGAUAUGGAGUCUGACUCUGACUUUGACGAUACUUCUUCAAAAGCCAGCGGCGCCAAGAAGACGGAAAAGGUGGGAACAGUCAAAAAGGCCGUUAGAAAGGUGAACGAACUGGCACAUGCAAACUUCCGCCGGUUGAAGUUGAAAAAUAAUGGCGCAAAAGGAGGACCAGGGUACAACAGCAGAUUUCGACGGCGGCGCUGA